UCUCAAAGCUUGUUUUGAAAAUGAAUUGGUAAUGUUUCAAUUCUUGGGUUAUUCGAUGUGUUGUUUAUUUUGGUAAUUUAUAAAUAAUUCAUUUGUGUUCUUUUUUAUUAAUCAACUGUAAUUAUUGUUCAAAGCUUCAAUCAUGUAUGGACCUGUUACUUGUGUUGAUGAACACAAAUGGGAUCCGAGUAUUAAUAACCCAUUGUUUAAUGAAAUGGUUGAUCUAUUGAAAUGUCAUCAUGAGAUGUUAUCUAAAAUUUGGGCUCUAGCUGAUAUGGACUGUUAUAGUUCUUCAGAUUCAGAUGAAUUUGCGCUAGCAAUGCAUGUGAUUCAAUCUAAAAUUGGUGGAUAUGAAGCUCCUAAUCAUCUUACACCACCUUGUAAAAAAAAGAUCGCACUUUACACUUCAAUGCCUUUCAUUUCAUUCACUCCUCGGCCACUUCAAGGAGAGGUUAAUCGUGAGGAUCAUAACCUACAAGUGACACGGAAUCCUUUGGUGCUGUUUGCUGAGAUAAAAAAUGAUUUGAGUAAAAAUUUACUUGAAAUCGGUGGGAUUGGUGCUUUAAUUUUCUUUUUUGCCAAAAUUGUUGAAGUUACUUCCAAUGACGAAACUCAAGCUCGUGCUCUUAAUAUAUUGUUACAAGUCUGCAAGACUCACUACGAAUUUAUGUUAUCUUUUGCAUACGAGUUUAAUGGAUUUCGUUUGAUUAAUUCUGUCUUGGAAACGCCUAAUUGCAAUGUUUCAUGUAAAGUUUAUCAGCCAUAUCUUAAUUGUUGCUUGAGCAGCUUAGAUACCAAGCAAGCCAUAAUUAUCAACUCAAUAGCGUUUUCCCAUCUUAUCUCGUCUUGGAGAGCCUGGCACCGAAAACCUGAGACUAUAAAUUGUUUUACUAAUAUGUUAUUAGAUCUGAUAUCUCCAGUUAAUUCAAGGAGAGAAUUUAAUAUUCUCCAAAUGAGACGUGGUCAUAUUGUUGAUAUUAUUUUAACCAUGCUCAAAGACACUUUGGUUCAAAUGGAUGACAGCAAUCUCGAAUUACCGUAUGAAGUUGCCCGUAUUCUGCCUGAACUGACAAAGGCACUGAUAACAACAUUAACCUUAGAACUGUCCAUUUUGAACGAUGUUUUUGACACAUUAUUACUACUCCAUCGAGCAUCUAACACUUACAUUUGUCAUUCAAAGUCUAGUUUUUAUUAUUUAUUGCCUACUAAUUUGAAGUCUAGUCAAAUUAGAAGAUCACUUGGUGAUAGGAGACCAGGAAUGGUGAACAAGUUGAAUAGUGAUUGGGAAAGUUCAAAUUUUGAUGGCAACAGUACUAGUGAUCAACCAAAAUUUGAUCAGGAGACCAUCUAUUAUAUGGUUAUGGCUGAUUUUAUAAACAUGAUUGCUAAAAUUAUCGAAGAAGCUUCCGAAUCAAUGUUGUAUAAAAUGAUUGGACCCAUUGUUCGCCCGGGAGUUUUAGUCAUUCUAGGACACAGUGAAUCAGAUAAAGUACGUGAAGCUGUUUUGAAUUGCUUAAUUUGCUGCCUCAAACGGGGUAAAGGGCUUGAAGCAAUCAACACAUUUAUUACCCAUCAUGGAUUACACUUGAUUGCCAAUCAACUCCACCAACAUUCCGCUACAUUUAACCUUAUUAAUCAAGCUUUUGCUUUCAUCAUGAAUACUCAGCCUGAUGAAAGGUUUUCUUUCGAAGAAAAUUUUCCAUCCCUCGAAAUAUACAAGAUGUCCAAUGACCAUUGGAAUUCUUUUGUUUUACUGUUUGCACUUCUUCCAAAUUCAGUGAACGACGUCAAUCUCUGCCAUACAGCAUUAAUUGCUUUACGUAAAUUUAUUGAAAACCUUCCAUUGUCCAGUCCUAUAAUGAAACAUUUAUAUGAAAUUGGUUUCAUUGAGUGUUUAAUAAAAGUUUUAGUGAAUGCUGAUAAUUAUCAACUUGGUCGUGAUGAUUCUAUCGAUGGUUAUGAAGAUGAUGUCAUAAUUAACGAUGUUUUAAAAGUAAUCUAUUCUAUUGGAAGAAAUCUAUUUGAAUCAAGUAGAUCUCAACAUUGGAAUCUCUUUCUUCAAACAAUCAACCAACUCUCACAACUAGAAAAGAAGACUACUCAGGGACUCAGAAACUGGUUCAGAGAAUCGCUUGUGCAUUUAUUUGAAGCUGCCCAUGAUGCUGUUGGUAAUCAUCUUACCGAUUUGAUACGAAAUUGGGAUGAUCGAUCAAAAUUAAUGAAAGCCAUAAACAAAUCAGAGAAAUUCUUCAACCUAUUCUCUCCAUCAGAUGAGACUUACAUGGCUUCUCACAAUUCGGGAUUAGUGGUGGAUUCAACGUCAAUGUCAACUUAUAGUUCGUUUCGAGAGAGACCAAAUUACAUGAAUGAAUCUGAAGCUUCAAAUGCAAUUAAAGGACAUGUUUCCAACUCUGAACUAACUGAUAGAUUUAAAAAAUUGAUCUUCAAAUCUGUUGAUUUCCUUAUUUUAAGAGAAGAUGAUCUUUCCAUCAGUGAAAAGGAAAAAUUUUUCGCUCGUUCUUUAUUACAUCGAAUUUUUCAAGUUCUUGAUCUUAAUAAGAAAAGGUCUGAAAGCAAACGUCGUAAAUCUAUUCUAAAUAAUUUCAUUGGAACCUCCAAAGAGGCUAUCAAAAAUGAAUUGUGUCGAUUGAUUCAUUUCUUGAUGUCUCCACUUCAACCAACACCAGAAAGAUUAUAUUAUGUUUCCUUUUUAAAAUCAAAUGCUGAAAAUUUAACCCUCCUUCUGAGAUCCAACAAUCGUUUUGCAAAUUUAUUCGAAUCAUUUCUCAAAGAUCUUCUCCAAGCUUGUGCUGAUUCUGAUGGUACCGAGUUAGUGCGAGAUCUACUAAAAAUAAAUCCAAUUGGAAAUAAUCCAAACAAAAGAAUGGUAACUAACGAGAUUUCAAAGCGAUUAAUUUCUGAAUGGUUUGUUGAAUGGAACAAAGAAAAAUUUCAAUCAGCCAAUAACCAACAAGAAGAUGCUUCUUUUGAACGAUUACAAUCUUUAUCUCAUAAAGUGGUUGAAAACGCCAUGUGCAUAACUAGAGAUGCUGUUGAAGCCCAAAAUCAGGAGAGGAAAGUUUUCAUCAACCAUUUAAAGCAUCUAUCCUCUGAAAGAUAUUCAAUUCAUAAAGAUUGGAAGUCACUUAUUGAAAUGUUUACCCACGAAAAGGCUGUUUGGUACAAUGAAGAUUCCUAUUUACAUUCCUGGGAACUUGAUCCUACCGAGGGUCCGAUGAGAGUUCGUCGUCGAUUACGUCGUUGUCAUCUUGAUAUUCCAAGUAAAUUUUUCGCUGAACCAGUUUCUCGUCAUCGAACUAAAUACUUGGAUAAAAAUUUAGCUUAUUUGUUUCAAAGAAAUCUCCAUGAAUCUGAUUUUACUGCCUUAAUUGAUCGUCUUUACACAAACGAGAGAAUCCUUUAUACUACAAGUUGUACAAUAAUUGCUCCGGGUGUUGAAUAUCCUGGUGAAAUUUUAAUUGGUUCAAGUUGCAUUCAUUUUGUUGGCGAACAAAAGACACCCUACUCUGAGUCAACUGUAUUUACCGAAGUUUGGUUGUUUGAUGAUAUAAAAGAGAUCCAUCCAUGUCGUUAUCAGCUACAAAAUAAUGCUUUUGAAAUGUUUCUUACCAAUGGAUCAUCUUAUUUGAUUUCAUUUGAAAACAAAUGUGACUGUGAUGAGUUUCUAAAGUAUCUUUAUAUGAAAACAUUGGCCAACUUGACUGAAUUGAAAAGCCUUUCCUCAAUUACUCAACUGUGGCGUGAAGGCCUCAUGACAAAUUUUGAAUAUUUAACAUAUCUAAACAAAAUUUCAGGCCGUUCUUUCAAUGAUCUCAUGCAAUAUCCCGUUUUCCCGUUUAUUUUAGCUGAUUAUGAUAGUACUGUUCUUAACCUUAAAUCACCAGCAUCAUUCCGUAAUCUUUCUAGGCCCAUGGCUGUACAACAUAAAAGUAACGAAGAAUAUUAUAUUAACCAAUACAAUUAUUUAAAAGAGGAAUAUGAGAAGUCAUCAUAUUUUGAAGAUUCCCUUUUCCCAACAACCGGACCUUAUCACUUUGGUUCCCAUUACAGUAAUUCUGGAACCGUAUUACACUUUCUUGUCCGUCUUCCUCCCUUCACUCAAAUGUUUCUCACCUAUCAAGACAAUUCAUUUGACAUUCCUGAUCGAACCUUCCAUUCAAUGGAAACUGCUUGGAGAUUAGCAAGUGGUGAAUCAAAAACUGAUUUUAAAGAAUUGAUUCCAGAAUUUUUUACUCUUCCCGAAUUUCUCUUGAAUCAAGAAAAGUUCAACUUUGGCAUUCGGCAAAAUGGUGAAGUUGUUGAUGACGUUAAAUUGCCAACUUGGUGCAGAGGUGAUGCCAGGCUUUUUAUCCUCAUCCAUAGACAAGCCCUUGAAUCUGAUUAUAUUACUCAAAAUUUGCACGACUGGAUUGAUUUAGUUUUUGGUUACAAACAAACUGGUCGAGCUGCCGUUGAAGCCAUCAACUGUUUCCAUCCAGCCACUUAUUAUGGGGUCGAUGUGUCCAAAAUUGAAGACCCAGUUAAAAGUAAAGCUUUACAUACAAUGAUUAGAACUUUUGGUCAAAUGCCUAAACAAUUAUUCAAUACUCCUCAUCCUUCAAUCAAUACUGAACGUAGAUUGAGGGAUUCAAAGUCACCUUCCAUUGUUUCAGUGAUGGAAGAAGUAACUGGUAUUAAAUGGGGAAAUUAUAUCGGUUCGCCUGCUCAAGUUGAACCAUUGAUUGUUCACAGAGAAAAAAGUACUCGCAAAAUUGCUUCCUUUUGCCCUUUAAUUACAAAUAUUGUGUUUUCCUUGGAAGCCUAUACUUGUCUUCUUUUAACAUAUAAUAGACCUAAACCAAGUUCCAGCUCAAAUAAUCCAUCAGGAGCUACAUACAUUACUUCCCUGGCUCUUGUCUCUUGGAACUAUCCAGAUAAUGUUAUUAGAAUUAAAUAUUCACGAAAUGGUCCAUCUACUCCUCUCAUCUCCGGCAAUCUAAAUUAUGACAAGGUUACUGUAUGUGCCACAACACCUGGAAAAAAUAUGCUCAUGAUCGGACAUCAAUCAGGUUUAAUUACAGUUUAUAAUUUCACUAGUCCAAUAAAGAAUAAUGUUGAGUUGACCGGUUGUAAAAGUUGGUUACAUGGGCACCGUGGACCAGUUAAUUGUAUUGUGAUCAAUCAAGAGUUUAAUGUGAUCGUUUCUGGUGGAGUUGAUGGAGCUUGUAUUAUUUGGGAUCUUAAUAAGCUAUUUUAUAUUCGUACCAUUGCCAGUCAUUCAAACGAAGUGCUUUCGAUUGCUAUAAGCCAAACUCUUGGAGAUAUUGCCAGUUUAAGCCACCAACAAGGAGUGAGCCUAUUAAAAGUAAACACAAUUAAUGGAUCAGUUGUUGGUGAAAUAAAAACCACUGAAAAAAUCACCUCCAUGUGCUAUUCAUCUGCCCCUGAAGGUGUUUCCGUUAAUGUAUUGGCUGUUGGUUUUGCUGAUGGAACAAUCAAAAUGUACAAUUCAUGGGAUUUGGCGCUAGUCCGUCAACUGGUUGCUCCUAAAUUCAACAUGCCAAUUAAAUGCAUGACUUACACACAUGAUAAUCAACAUUUUCAUAUUGCUGGUGAAAAUGGAACCAUCCUUGUGUGGGGAAAAAGUAUUACCAAGAAAAACAAUUUUGUCAACGUUUUCUUUCACUCCGACUCAUCAUCCAGUUAAUCUCAAUCAACAUAUAUUAUAGUAUUUCGUUUAUCGCUUUUCAUUUUAUCAACUGAUCUGCCAUAUUGCUCAUUUCAUUGUUUUUGCUCGCCUUAUGAGACACACAACCACAGAAUAAGACAGCAAAAAGCAAAUUGUUACCUACUCAAAGUUUCUUCGUCAACCUUAUCAAAUCAUUAUCAUCAAAUCAAUAAAGUCACAUGAAAGUAUUAAAAUGACAAGUUAUUAUCCAUCAUAAUGUAAACCAUUUCACCUACAAAAGCAUCUAAUUAACCAAUCGAAUAUCUACAUUUGAUUAAUGGAAUACAUUAAUUUUUAAUGAACCCAAAUGUCUACAGUCCAAGGAAAAAAUGUCAAGCAAAGAAAUAAGAAGAUUUAUUAUUUAUCAUUGAAUUAUAUUCAUCAUGAAUCAUAAAACUCAAAAUAUCAUUGAUUGUAUUGCAAUUUUAUUAUACUCAUAAUGUUUAGUUGAAAGCAUGACGCUUAAUUGUUCACUGUUAUUUUUUUUUAAAAUGAAACAAUCAAAUUUUCUAGUCUAUUGUAAACUCUCUUGAAAUAAACCAUAUUUCUUGGUCAACCCUUCAUCCCUUAAAAACAAAUAACUUCAAGAAUCAAAAGUCACAAUAAACAAAGUCAACAAAUUA